AUGAAGAGCUUCUACUGCUGGGGACCGUCCAAAGCCCCAAUGGACAUGACGCUCAAUGAACAGGCGUCCUGGAAUGCCCGUCUUCAAACGCCCGUUAUCUUCAACCACCACGCCCCAUUAAUCGUCAACUCGACAGUAGAGCACAUCAACCUCAACCCCAUCCGAUCCACUCGCAAGGCUGUCGCGAAUGAAGAACAUGUCCUUAUCCUAACACCUAUCAAGGAUGCGGCUCCAUACCUGUCCAAAUACUUCGAGCUCAUCGCAGAGUUGACUUACCCGCAUAACCUCAUCGACCUCGCAUUCCUCGUGUCCGACUCUUCCGACGAUACACUCGCUGUUCUUGCUUCUGAACUUAACCGCAUCCAGAAACGUCCCGAUCCGUUUCGAAGCGCCACUGUAGUGUCGAAGGAUUUUGGCUUCCAUCUGAGCCAGAACGUCGAGGACCGGCACUCGUUCGAAGCCCAGGGGCCUCGGCGCAAGGCUCUAGGACGUGCACGCAACUACCUGCUUGCUACUGCCCUUAAACCUGACCAUGCAUGGGUUUACUGGCGGGACGUUGACAUCGUCGACAGUCCCAUUCAUAUCCUUGAGGACUUCAUUGCUCAUGACCGCGACGUCCUUGUCCCUAAUAUUUGGUUCCACCGGUAUAAGGAUGGCCGUGAUAUCGAGGGCAGAUUUGAUUACAACUCUUGGGUUGAGUCCGACAAGGCCCGCAGACUGACAGCGAGCCUUGACAAAGAUGUCGUACUUGCUGAAGGAUACAAGCAGUAUGACACCGGCCGGACUUACAUGGCACGGAUAGGCGAUUGGCGGAACGACAAGGACGAAGAAAUGGAACUUGAUGGCAUCGGCGGCGUCAACAUUCUUGUCAAGGCGGACGUACACAGAUCUGGAAUCAAUUUUCCAUGCUACGCCUUCGAGAACCAGGCCGAGACGGAGGGCUUCGCCAAGAUGGCCAAGCGAGCAGGAUAUGGUGUCUAUGGCCUUCCCAACUACGUUGUCUGGCACAUCGAUACCGAGGAAAAGAGCGGCAACGCAUAG